CCGUUGCGAAUGUGUGACUAUCCUUAAUAAUCAAGGGUAUAACUGAGAUUUUAUAUGUGAUGGCAAAGUGAACUCUCUUAAUAAUACCACAAUUAUGUCCUCUUAUGCCUUCCCAAAUUAAGCUGUAGAGCUAGCUACAGCUAGUGAUUUUCUGUUAUCCAACAAAUAAAAAAUGCGUAACUGAAAUCUCUAUGAACAUAAGCCCCUAAUUAGAAACCAAAAUGUGCAAGAAGCUCUCCAAAACCCACAAAUUUAGGAUUAAUCCCUCUCAAUAUGCAUUGUGCCUUAACCAGCUCUUGCAUAGUGGACUAUAAAAUCAAAGCCUUCUAUUCACCAUUCCAAUCAACAGCACCCACUACGAUACAAAAACUUGAAACCAAGAAACAGAAAAAUAAACAAUAAAAAUGGCUAGAAAAAACACAUGCUUGGAUGUCCAUGCAGCUCUAAUCGUGACAUUAAUUCUCCUCACCGCCGCUAUAGCCGUGGCAAAUGAUGAUACACCGGUACCAGCCGACUACUCCCAAGUUAACACGUGGUUCAAUAACAACGUGAAAUCGUACAAAGAACGGCAAGGCACGCUUGACCCUGCCCUUGUAACGGCUGAGGUUGGUCAAACCGUAGUCAAGGUUAUGAAAGAUGGAAGUGGAGAAUUCAAGACCAUCACUGACGCUGUUAAUAGCAUUCCGGCCGACAACACCAAACGUGUCAUUGUGUACAUUGGAGGGGGAGAGUACAAUGAAAAAAUCACAAUUCCACGGAAUAAACCAUUUGUUACAUUUUAUGGCUCUCCAACAAAUAUGCCAACUUUGACCUUUUCUAGCGGAGCCCCAAAGUAUGGAACUAUGGAUAGUGCCACAGUGAUUGCCGAAUCCGACUACUUCGUGGCAGUUAACCUUAUUAUUAAGAACUCUUCACCAAAGCCAGCUAGGAAUAGCGUGGGACAACAGGCAUUGGCAUUGAGGGUGUCGGGGACCAAGUCAGCCUUGUUCAAUUGCAGACUGAUUGGUUUCCAAGACACACUUUGUGAUGACAAGGGAAAUCAUUUUUUCAAGGACUGCUUUAUUGAAGGCACUGUGGAUUUCAUCUUUGGAAGUGGAAAGUCUCUCUAUUUGAACACUGAGUUACAUGUGUUGGGGGAUAAUGAAAUGACAGUGAUAACAGCACAAGCAAGGGACUCAGCUUCAGAGGAUACUGGAUACUCAUUUGUCCACUGCAACAUAACUGGGACUGGAAAUGGCACGUAUUUGGGCAGGGCUUGGAGGAUCAGUCCUAGGGUGGUCUUUGCCUACACCGGCAUGUCCGAGGUCAUCACCCCAGCCGGUUGGAACAACAAGAACCGCCCCGAACGUGACAGCACCGUGUUCUAUGGAGAAUACAAGUGUUCGGGUCCAGGUUCAAAUAUGGUUGGGAGAGUAAAAUACGCCAAACAACUGAAUGAGGAACAAAUCAAACCUUUCCUCAACCUUGGCUAUAUUCAGGGUUCCAAAUGGCUGCUUCCUCCUCCAAAUCCAAAAGUGUAG